AUGCGCAAAAGAUCUCAACCAGUGGUGACUCUCCUCUUCAAACAGAAGAAUGGCAUUGAAAUUCAGACUUCUGCUUUGGAAGAAUUUUAUUUUAAAAUUCGGGAUUCCAGUUCUGUAAAGCACAUGAGUGCUCUGAGGUUUGCUGCUCAGUCUACAAGUCUGCCUUCUUAUUUCCUUGAUGCCAGUGUACAAAGAGAAUGGGAACUGGCUUAUAGCCCUUCCAACAGUGAAAUAGUAAAAGAUCUUAUUAAAAUGGUACAACAGACUUUAUUGAAUAAAUUUACAAUUCAUGGCUUUACUUCCGAGGAAAUGUUUGAAGAAUACAUUAAGCAUAAUGACAACUCUGAUCGGGUGGUGGCUGCGGUUGUUUUUAACCAUGACUUUGUGAACACCAAGGACUUACCACUUCAGAAUGAUGUAGAAGAGAUAAAAAGGAAAAAUAUGGUCCAGGUAGUGGUAAGAAGGAUUGUCAAACUACCAAUCAUCCGCUAUAGUGACCCAACCCUAGUGUUUUCCUUCUUGUUGCUUUAUGGCAUCACGACUGUCAUCUUCGCCUUCAUGCUCACCACAUUCUUCAGUAAAGCAAGCACAGCUACUGCCAUUGGAGGUUUCAUCUACUUUGCAUCCUAUCUCCUGUAUUUUGUCAUAAGUCCUCACUAUGUUCGGAUGACUUUCCGUACUAAACUGUUUUCCUGCCUUUUAUCAAAUGUUGCAAUGCAGUUUGGAAUCAAUCUUCUAGUUAAAUUUGAAAGUAUAGGAGUUGGAGUUAAAUGGCGAAACCUCAAAAAGCCAUUCAACCUUAAUGAUGACUUUGCUUUUGGCCAUGUGAUGGUGAUGCUGUUGGCAGAUGCUUUUUUAUAUGCUGUAGUAAUCUGGUAUGUAGAAGCUGUUUUUCCAGGAGAUUAUGGUGUGCCUCAACCUUGGUACUUUUUUGGCAAGUGUUCCUACUGGAAUGAGAAUGCAAAAUCCACUUUGACCAGGAGGAAGAAACAUUUAGGUAUUGAGAAACAUUAUGCCGAAUUAUUUGAACCUGAACCUGAAAAUUUGGUGGCUGGUAUUCAAAUCAAAAAUCUAUCCAAGAUCUUUAUGGCAGAGAAUACUUUCAAAGAAGCAGUGAGAGGCCUGAGUCUGAACUUAUAUGAGGGGCAUAUCACUGCUAUUCUAGGACAGAACGGGGCAGGAAAGACCACUCUCUUGUCUGUGCUGUCAGGACUGUUUCCUCCUUCAAGUGGAAAAGCAUAUAUUUGUGGAUUUGAUAUCUCAAAAGACAUGCUUCAUAUCCGGAAAAGCUUGGGUUUGUGUCCCCAAAAUGGUCUUUUGUUUGAUUAUUUAACAGUAUAUGAACACCUUUACUUCUUUGCUAGGCUGAAAGGAAUGCCUUGGGAUUUAUGUCAAAAUGAAAUCAAUAAUAUCUUGACUAUUUUUAAAUUGCAAGAUAAACAACAUUCAUUUCCUAACUCACUGAGUGAAGGAAUGAAACGCAAGCUUUCUGUCAGUAUUGCACUUGCAGGAAAUCCUAAGGUGGUGAUGCUAGAUGAGCCAACUUCUGGCAUGGACCUAAUCUCCAGGAGAGCUACCUGGGAUCUCCUGCAGCAGCGAAAACAUGGCCGCACCAUCGUGCUCACCACCCGUUGUAUGGAUGAAGCAGAUCUGCUGGGUGAUCGGAUCGCCAUCAUGACCAGGGGGAGCUUGCAAUGCUGUGGCUCUUCACUGUUCCUCAAACAAAAAUACGGUUCUUUCCAUUUCCGUGCAGGAUAUCAUAUGGUCAUGAUGAAAGAACCUCAUUGUAAAGCAGCAGAAGUUUCCAGUCUUAUAUAUAACUACAUACCAAAUGCCAGUCUGGAUAGCAAUGUUGGCACUGAGUUAUCAUUUAUCCUACCCAAAGAAUGUGCAAACAGGUUUGAAGAUUUAUUUCGUGAACUGGACAAUCAGCAAGUGAACCUGGGCAUUGCUAGCUAUGGAAUCUCUACCACUACCAUGGAGGAGGUCUUCCUUAGGAUCAACAGAUUGGCAGAACCCACUGUGAAUCUCCAGACCAUUGAGCUCCCUACCGAGUGUGAUCCUAUGGGAAUACAGCCCUGGCUCAGAAAUCUAGAUGACACACCAAAGGAUGACUUCUUGAUGCCGAAGGAGCUGCCUAACAUCCAGCUUAAUACUGGGAUGACUCUUUGUAUCCAGCAGUUUUAUGCCUUGCUGAUGAAAAGGGCCUUGUAUACUUUACGUCACUGGAGGAUAACAUUACUGCAGAUUUUGAUACUACUGUUUUUCACUCUCUUCCUCCUGAAAGCCAUCUUCUACUAUUCAGAAGUGAAAGAUGCCCCCAUUUUGGGCAUGGAUUUGCAUCAAUAUGGUCAAUCCAUUGUGCCUUAUACUUUCUCUCUGAAAACUAAGUUGGCUGUUCUGUUUGGAGACCACAUAAAACUUAUACUAAUGAAUGAGAAACAACUACCUCACCCAGUGACAGGUAACUUAGAAGAAUUCCUACUGAAAAGUGGAAGAUGUAAGGAACAAUGUAUUGUCGCCAUUUCCCUUGAGGUCCAAAAAAGCAGAGCCAUCAUCACUGCUCUGUUUAACAACCAGGCCUAUCAUGCUGCUCCGACAGCCCUGAAUCUGGUCAACAAGAUUCUGUUCAAGUUACUCUCUGGUCCAGGUGCUUCCAUCUCGGUCUCUAACAAGCCUCAGCCUCGAACUGCUAGCCAAGCAAUAAAGGAACAAUUCCAUGAGGGCAGUAAAGGACAUGACGUUGCCUUCAGCUUGUUCUUUGGCACAGCCAUCGUGGCUAGCAGUUUCUCUGUCUUGACAGUAGUCUUCUAUGUCUGUAAUGUGACAGCGUUCUUAGAAGACCACCACUAUGCAGAUGCCUUGCUGAUUUUCACGCUGUUUGGCUGGUCCACCAUUCCCUUAAUAUACCUGAUGAGCUUCUUGUUUUCCAGUAGUGCCGCUGCCUACACCAAACUGCUUGCUUUCAACUUCCUUACAGGCAUUGCCAGCUUUCUAUUGGUCUACAUGAUUGAUACUAACACUCCAUCCCAUGAGGCCCAAAGAAGUUCAGCCCAAAGAAGUCAGAUUCCCUUGGAGAAUGAAAAAGAUGUAGUCACCCGAUCUCUUCUCCCAUUGCCCUACAAACAGGUUAUAGAAUCUGUGUUUGGGAAUAUUGGAGUGAUGGAUUUGGGUGGAUUAAACCAAAUCUUUGUCAGUAUGUUCUUUCUGUUUCCUGCUUACAACCUGGGCAAAUCUAUUAGUGGAUUUUAUGACAACUUCCGAACCCAGAGAUACUGCACCAGCAGCUCUUCUGAAGAUUGUAAAGCGAAUAACAUCAAGUAUGAAGAGAACUAUUAUGGAUUUGAAGGUCAUGGGAUUGGAAAAUACGUGACUGCCAUGAUUGUCACAGGCUUCCUUUUCCUCAUCCUGCUUUUCAUCAUUGAAGUCAACCUCUUGACAUUUAAAUCUCUUUACUCUAAUUUCUUAUAUGGUCACUUCCUCAAAAAGCGAAAGAUGGUCCAGGUCAGUGACCAGGAAUCGUUAGUGCCUGAUGAUCCAGAUGUGCUUGAUGAAAGAAACAAAGUGCUGGAGUGUCCCCCAGAGAAUCUGUCAUCCUUGAACAGUCCUCUGGUCCUUAAAGAACUCUUGAAGAUAUAUUUUCACCAGGUGCCUGUUGUGGCAGUAAAUAGGCUCACGUUUGCAGUUCAGAAAGGAGAGUGCUUUGGGAUACUUGGUUUCAAUGGAGCUGGGAAAAGCAGCAUCUUCAAAAUGUUGACUGGAGACAAAACCAUCACUUCCGGGGAGGUCAUAGUUGAUGGCAAAAAUAUCGGCAAAAACAUGGAAAAGAGUCAACAACGAAUCGGCUACUGCCCCCAACAUGACCCUUUACUGGAGCACUUGACAGGGUAUGAGACGCUGGCCUUGCAUGCCCGACUAUGGGGCGUACCUGAACACUACAUUCAUGCAUACGUCAAAAGCAUGCUCAGUACACUCUUCCUGGAUCCCUUUGAAGAUAAACUCAUCAAGAACUUCAGUAGUGGCACCAAGCGUAAGCUAAGCACAGGUAUUGCUCUCCUGGGAAGACCUGAUGUCAUCUUCCUGGAUAAGCCAUCCUCCAGCAUGGAUCCUGUGGCCCGACGCCUCCUCUGGAACACGGUCUCACAGAUCCGUGAGUCCGGCAAGGCCACUGUCAUAAUCUCUCAUAGUAUGGAAGAAUGUGAGGUCUUGUGUACAAAACUGGCCAUUAUGGUAAGUGGAACGUUCAAGUGCCUAGGCAGUCCACAGUAUCUCAAGAACAAGUUUGGAAGUGGAUAUACCCUGCUGGUCAAAAUCAAGAGGACUACGCCACAGGCACAACUGCAGGCAUUCAAGAUGUUCGUCAAGGCAACCUUUCCAGACAGUUUCCUAAAGCAAGAGUACCAAAGGACAGUCCAUUAUCACAUACCUAGCAUGGACCUUACCUGGGGACAGGUAUUUGGUAUCUUAGAAUCAAUUAAAGAUGAAUAUGGAUUAGAAGAUUAUUCUAUUAGUCAUAACACACUGGAGCAAGUAUUCCUGAACUUUGCACAAAUGCAGAUUCAAACAGAACAAAAUAAUAAAGAUAACUGA